AAUUUGGAUAUAUUUGUUUCCGUCGGUUAUAUAUGGAUAAAAUAUUUGGUAGGAAACAACCGAAAUUUCUGGUUCAGCCUUCCUUGGUCCCAAAGAAAUACGCACACCUACUCCCUUCAUUCUUUAUCCUCUCCACUUAUAUUAAUACAAAUCUUAUGGAAUCUCUCCAAUUUGCACUCAAAACCUCACAAUUUCUUCGAAUCAACAGGAUUUAGAUCUAUCAAUGGCCUCAUCAACUGCGAUGUUCAUGCUCCCUUACCCUCUAAUUCAGCAGAUAACAACAACAAACAAUACUCUUCAGCCACAACACGAACCGUCAUCGCCAAUAGUUAAAUGUCUUCUUCCUGCAAGAAACUCAUCGGAAAGUUCUGAUCGCUCGAAGUUUAGUCUUUGGCUAUUUGGCGAUCCCGCUACCUACGACAAGAGGUUCCAAGAAGCUAUUGAACUUAGUUGCUGGUGAUUGAGAUUUUCCGUUGUAGUCGUUUUUUUUUUUGUGUUUUCAGUGGACAUAUUGUAAUUUCUUCAAAAGUCUUACCAUCUGCUGUUAUUUAUAUAAUAAUGAAUUCGAUCAAA